AUUGCUUCUUUUAUGGUUUUAAGUUUUUAAGUUUACUCGAAUGCCUCCUAAAAUUACCACAAAAAUAGUGUAAUCAGUUAAAGAACAACUUGAGCGCGGCUUAAAAAUAACGACUUAUAAAUAGUAAUAAAAACGUUAACAAUACAAAACGAAUGAACGGUUUUUUGCUUCUAAACUAUGUUUACUGAAGUAUACGGGCGAAAUCUAUACAAAACCACGGAUUAAAGCAAUCGAUGUGGGUGAAUUGAUUUAAAGUCGAGCAGCAGUAACAGGAGCAGCGCCUACACCCACAAAUUAAAACCAACAAAACACACAAUCUAUCAACAUUUACAUAUUUAGUCAAAUACUAACAGCAACAGCCACAGCAACAGUUGCAACAACAGAAACUGCUACAACAACAACAACAAAGGUACAACGUAGAUCACUUGAGUUUUGGGCCAAAAUGUACAGACAUUUCCAAUGGGCCACGGGCUUAGCCGCAGCCUUUGCAUUAUGAUUCAAAGUGUAACAGUGAAUCAUAAAGCCAAGGCGAGUGAAUUUUGAAUUGACUUGCUUUCAUCUUUUGGCCAAAUUAAAUCAACAAAAACAAAUACAAUUUUUUACAAUAAACAAAAAAAAAAAAGAAUUUAAAAAAAAUUCGGAAAAUACAGAGACAAAAGGCUGAGAUCCAGCGCAGAAAGUUAAGGAGUCUGCGGUGUUUUAAGAGCGAUCCAAUCGGAAUGGCACACUUUUGCUGGUAUUUAAAAUUGCUGUUUUUGCUGCUGAUGCUGACUAGAGUGCCGGUUAUAGUUGCACGACCGAUGAGAGGAUCGGCGGAGAGUGAUCUCAUUACAGGAAAUGAAUUUCUUAAAAUAUUUCUUGAACGUGAUGAUGCACUCAGUAGCGCAGAGUCCACGCCAAAAACCAAUGGCAUUAGAACAAUACGCAGGAGUGAACCUGACCAAAAUAGUGAAGUUGGUACACAGCACAAUAGGAACACCCAUAAACGUAAUGUAGAUCAAACGGAAAAGGGAGCAAAUGCAAAUUUCAAAAAUGCAGAUGACAAACAAGUUGUUAAGUAUGUUACAUCUGGUAGUAAAAUAGUAUUUCUGGAAGAAUAUGAUGAUGAUGAUGCAGUUGUAGAUGCAGUGGCACGUGAAAUUGAUCUACAGAAGGAGAAAAUUAAUACCAAAAAUAGUUCUCAACAAAAGCGACAACCAACAAAUAAACAACAAACACAAAAGUCACAAAAUAAUGAUGAAAUAAAGGUUGUUGCUGUGAGUGUUUCAUCGUCGAGUAAACGUAGUAGUGCAGGCAGUGUGAGAACGUCAGAUGAAAUUAAUAAAAUUGCAGAAAAAACGAAACAUGCAAUAACGCACGCUGUUAGCAGUCAACGACUACAAAAUAAACAAGUUGUUACCAAUACAAAAUCCACAACAGUAAAACCAACAAACAUUAUAGUAACAACGACAACGAGAACGACAACAGCAACACCAACACAAACCGCAACAACAACGAAGACAGUUGCCAGUUUGCAUAGCACAACAGCAACACCAAUGACAGCGGUCGACUUCAUCAAUCGUUCACAUAAAACUGAAUUUUCAAUCGAGGAAGCCGAACCAUUGACAGUGCUGAAGCAUAGAGCACGCGUCAAUUCAGCUGCCAAUUUAGAUACGUUUUAUGACACGGAUUCAGUGAACAGCGCUUCAACGAAUAUACGUAAUGUCUUAGCAGCUCCAGCAGCCGUACAACCACUUUCGGUGCAAACUGGCGCGUAUCACAGUAGCAACAGAAAUUUCACGUCUCAUAAUCAGUCGCACAUUAAUCAGGCUACGCCUUCAACACAUGAACAGGCUGGCACGCACGUUGAUAAUAGCGCCGCUGUUGGCGGCACAGCAACAGGUAGCACAUCAGCACAACCUACUGGUGUGGAAGAAAAAUUAUUGCCAUUUCAAACAGUCAUCUAUCAUGACACAAAGGAAGGCCAUGGACCACAGUCAAGAUCAAUAUCAUACAGUUCGAUUUCACAAAAUGUAGCCGAUUUGCAUACAUGGCAACAGUCUGGUGGUAUACUAGCAGAAGCACAACGUAAUGUUAGCGAAAGUUUACGUCCUAUACCACGUCCACGUUCGCAUGUACAUACAUCGGAACCAGCAAAGUUCUAUUCAGAACCAGCUAAAAUGUAUGGUGUACCUGCUAAAUUCUAUUCUGAGCCUGCAAAAGUCUAUUCGGAACCAGCUAAAGUCUAUGGUCAACCGGAAAAAGUAUAUUCGGAACCUGCUAAAGUUUACGGGCAACCUUCAAAAUUUUAUAGUGAACCAGCGAAAGUGUACUCUCAACCAGCAAAAGUAUAUAGUGAACCCGCGAAAACAUAUUGGCCACAAGCGCUUAAUAAGGGUAGCAGUACAACAACAAGUACUACUACAACUACCACCACAAAAUCACCUGAUACUAAAAGUAGUUAUUUACAUUCCACACGCCGUCCAGCAAUAGUCUCACGCAUAGCAUUUGGAGAAUCACAUACAACACCAUCAACACCACAAACCAUUCCACGACAACAUCCAUAUACUAGUACUCCCACAUAUCAGCAAAGAGUGCAGAAUAAUCCAGUAAAUUCCCAGGCACGUCGUGUAUUAUUCAAUUUAGAUAAAUUACCUUACGAUUUAUUGAAUGCUCCCCAACAAUCAUCGAAGCAUCUUUUAGACUCGAAUCAGUCCAAAACCCCACAGCCGCCAGCAACAAAUUAUGGCUUGAAUAGACAACGGCCAUGUUCGGAGUUAAAUGCGUCAACUUUAUCAAACGUGCAACAACAACAGCAGCCACAUCAGCAUAGACAUUCAUCACUGUCGGAUCAACAUUCUAAUCAAAAUGCCAAAGGAUUGCCCAACAGAGGAGAUCUAGUCAAGUGUGUUUCAAAAUAUGCUCAUUCAUCGGCGGCAUCACCAUCGGCAGUUUCUUCUUCAGCAACAGCACAGGCAACAGCGACGGGCAGUGGUGCACAAUCACAUUUUACAACUGAACGCAGUCACAUUGAAGACUUGUACCAGCCGACCCCGGAGCAGAAUUACGAAAUCGAAGAGUCCGUAAGUGUUAUGACAAACGGACGAGCCCAUGGAGUGCAAGGCAUUAGCCCAGCAAUAACAACAACUCCGGCCACGUUACACAGUCACUUCGGUGGACGCAGUGGCAGUACAACAUAUAACACCAACGCAAAUACCAAUGUUGGCAAUGUUGAGAAUGUUGCACAUGGCAGGCAACAACAACAGCAACAACAACAACCAGAACACAAACAAUACAACAGUCACAAUGACUACUAUGAUGAAGAUGAAAAUAGCAAUCACAAUCAUAAUGAAGACGAUGUCGUAGAUGGAGAUGGAGAUGAUGUGGAUGCUGAUUCAGAGGAUGGAGGUGGUAAUCACAAUAAAAAUGGUAAUGGUAAUGGCGAAGAUGAAGAUGAUGCCAAAGUUGCUUAUGUUGUUGAGGGACGCAACUAUCGUAAAUAUCGUGUCGAAGAAAAAACGGACGAUGGUUUCAUUGUUGGCGAAUAUGGAGUGGUCGACCACAAUGAUGGCAACUUACGCGGCGUGCGUUACACAGCAGACUCGACAAUUAAUCCAAGCCUAAUACAAAAAGCUUUGCUGACAUUUUUAAAACUAAAAUAGAAAUAAAUUAGACGUGAUAUAAGCAAACGAAAUGAACAGCUGAAGUCAAAGGUGUAAAUCUUAUAGUGUAUUAAGUGAGUCCAAUGUAGCAGGAGCAGCGCACAAAGUAUUUAAUAUGUAUUUUUUUUAUUUGUAUUUUUUUUUUGGAAAUAUUUAUUUAAAAAAAUCUUUUUUUUUAUAUUAAACGUAGAAUUUAAUGAAGACGAACAAAAUAUGUGAUUCAAGUUGUACUGUCGGUUAAUUUAAAGUUAUAGCAAACCUACUAGACUAAACUAACGAACAUUGUCCA